GGGAAAGGGUGUAGAAAUUAAGUUUUAUGUUUGGGGGCAUGGGGAGGGUAAGGGGGAGUAUUUUACCCUGGGAAUGGCACACUUUUGAGGGAGCCCACUGUUAAAAUGGCAGCACAGCCCUGCUUCUGAAGACUUAAGAAGAGUUAGCAAGAAUGGUUUAAACUCCAGUCAGAUUCCAGUGGGGUGAUUCCAUUCUGGCUAUCUAAGUUCAGCUAGAACUUGCAACGAACACACAAUUCUUCACUGUCGUGCUGCUGUACAGUGUUUAAAGGUUUUCAGUGGCCAGCAGUGGCUGCAUUCAACCGUGGAUGCAACGUUCUCUGAUUACAGUUUUGUAACUAGUCUGGUGCUUUGGCUUUUUGGAGAAAAACACAAUAUAAAUGUCUAUCACAUACAAAGACUCAAAGGAAUGACAGGGUUGGGGUUUUAUCUUCACUAAAUUGCCAUGGUUGACAUUUUUCAUACUUCAUGAAGUUAGGAAUUCCUGAACAACAUUGUUUAGGGCUCUCCUGGCUGGCCAUACAUUGUAUGGAAAAGAACUCUCCAACUUCAGGCCAGAUCAUCAGCAGAUGUAAAUUGGUGUAGCUCCAUUGAAGUCACGGAUUUGUUCCAGCUCAGCAUCUGGCCCUUGGUCUUCAGUGUUUCAGCCAGUCUGGGAAAGGAAUAGCACUGCAUAGCAAUGCUGUGCAGAACAUGUGCUUAGCCCCCGCUGCCAGGGACUUAAGGAAAGGGGAAGCAUCUUGAACCAGUAAUCCCUUUGGCUGCACUGGUGUUGAUGGCCUCUGGGGAGAGCCGCAUAGCUAUCAAUGGGAGUUAAGCACUUAAAUACCAUACAGGAUCUGGGCCUAGGGCUCCCAAGUCUUUAGAAUAGUAAGUAGAAGAAAAAAUGUGAAAGGAAAGAUCUUGUUGGCCCAAAAAUGGCUUGAAGGAUCCUGUCCUCUCCCCAUCCAGGAAUAACCUGUGAUUUAUACUGAAGACAAGGAGUACUUGUGGCACCUUAGAGACUAAGGUGCCACAAGUACUCCUUGUCUUUUUGCGGAUUCAGACUAACACGGCUGUUACUCUGAAACCUGUCAUACUGAAGACAGUAUUGGACCUGAUAUUACACUGGCACAAAUGGGACUACAGACAUAUAUUUUUACACCCAGCUUGACAAACUUCACAGUGCUCUGUUAAAAUCAAACUGUUGACAGAUGAAUGAGGAAAUGAAACAAUGUAUGUUUUUCUUUCUUACUGUAAAAGGAGUUAGAAAUACUGAUUUAGGAUUUCCCAACAGGGCUUUCUUCAUAGUGUUGUUCUCUUCCCUGCCCGUAUUUGCACAAUUCUCCUGAUUAAGAUGAAAAACAAUACAGUAGUGUUCUGGGGUGGGUUUUGUUUUCCUAUCAUGUAUAAAUUUAGUAAGGUACAAAUCUAGGCCUGGAGGCUAAGAAUGGAGCAUUUUAGCUGUGUUUGUUAUGUGGAAACUGUAGCACAUAUAAUCCGUCUAUGGCAUUUAAAUGGCUCUCAUCAUCGAAGUAUGUGAGCACUGCAUGCCACCCCCACAAGGUAGGGAGCGAAGGCACACAGAGACCAAACGACAGAGGAAAUCUGUGGCAGAAUGGGGAAUUGAACCCUGUCUCCUCAAGCCAAUGCCCCAACCACUGGGCCAUCCUUGCUUUCAUAAUAAUAAAGAACAAACCCUAAGUGAAGGAGUCUCUAGUCCAUUUGAAUAUAGUUUUUAGCUUUAGAUGUUGGGAUGUUACAACAUCUGAUCAGAGUUCAUAAUCCCCUCAUUUGAAAGGAUUAUUCUAGGGAAAAAUAUGUUCAGGUGAAGUUAAUGCUGACGGUACAUUUCAGCAACUCCAGUGCAAUAAAUCCCUACAAGCACCUUGUCACUAGCCAAAAGAAAUAGAUAAACUCGUGAAAUUCAGGGAAAUUCAUACACUGGGAAGUGUGGAAAAUCAUAGUUGAGGUGCCCAAACUAGAUUCAACUCUGGCUAGCACACGAUGUACUCAGUCACCUACAUGUGAUCUCCAAAUUUUUUUUACUUCAGAGUGACAAAUACAUACGCACCCUCCCCCGAAUAAUGUUUGUUUCUGAACUUCUGCGUUUAAGGUGUCCAAUUCAUUUCAGGUUUUUUUUAAUAAAAUCUUCCCUCUCGGGCCUAUUUUAUCAGUUUCGAAGCUGACAUUCCUGGGGUGGGGCACGCUAGCUGGAGUGGCCCAAAUCAGGCUUGUGAUGGAAAUAGAGUGACAACAUUAACUAUAGCGUGGCUACUGGCGUUCUACAGUGUUACAGAAACAGAAAUCUCAGGGGCUGAGUCUGUAGUAUGUAUACAGACAAAAUUCCCAUUCAUGCAUGUUUUUUUUAAAUUUACAGAUCAGAGUCUCCAAAGUACUAGAGGGAUUUUAGAUGUGCUGUGCCGGCCCUGUUGGUAUCAGUGUAAAGAGUGUUAGUGCCCUAAUUUAGCACACAUCCCUGUAAUAAAGGUGGUCUCCCACCACUGGAGAAAAUUAUAUAUUAUAAACUGUUCCUUUAGGGUAUAGAAAGCCAGUCAUUAGUAAGACUGUAAGUCACAAAAUAGCUCUUGAUCAGAAUAGUAACCUAACAAUUAUACAGAGCGUGUCAUCUGUAGUUCACAAAAGAGGUAAGUAUAAAUAUGCCCUUUCUGUGUAUGGGGAAACUGAGGCGGGGUGAAGUAACUUGCCCACGGUCACCCUGCAGCCCAGGGGCAGAGUUUGAACUAGACUGUAGAUCUCCUGGAUCUCAGCCCAGUCCUCUGUCCACUAGACCACACUGCAGCUCGAAAUACAUAGCAGAAUUUGCAAAUGCCACAGUAAACGAUGAGAUAAUAUUUUAACCCAGCUAUCAAAGUAUUUGUAGUUUGUCAUGCAAAGCUGCUGAAACAAAACAUUUUGAAGGUACCAGGAUUUUUAGAAACAUGCAGAUUAUAUUGGCUCUUGCCUAUUCGUUCUUCCAUGAACUCCAUGCGCUAAUCCUGAAUUACAAAAGCCAGUCAGAGUUAACCAACAGGAACUGGUCUCUGAUCAUUAACUCUUUAUAAGCCACUGCAACAGCCAUCAGAUGGCAACCACGUUUGGCCUGUAGGUCCUGAGUCAGAAUUGUAGCAGGGAUCUAGCAAUAAAACACCAGGUGAGUGAGCUCGCCCGUUCCCCAUGGCUAAGCGAUUUUAACUUCUGGGCAGUGAGCCCAAGAGUAUUGAGAAACGUCCAGGCUGCUCAUGGCCUGUUUCCACAUCGCUCAGGAAAUGGAGAGUUCAGGUGUGGCGGAGAGGAGAUUACAGUCUCACCAGCAUCUCUCUUUCCUUUUAGUCUCAGUGGUAGAAGCCUGGGUUUGCUACGCUGCCAGCAUGAAGGUUUUACUAAUCCUGGGGCUUUUCCUCCUGCCCCUGGCUGCUCGUGGGAAGAUCUGCGAAAGGUGUGAGCUGGCAAGAGCAAUGAAAAGGCUUGGGCUGGAUGGGUACCAGGGCUACAGCCUGGGACACUGGGUGUGCACAGCAAGAUACGAGAGCAACUUUAACACAGGAGCCACAAACUAUAACCCCGGUGACCAAAGCACUGACUAUGGGAUUUUACAAAUCAACAGCCGCUUGUGGUGCAAUGAUGGCAAGACUCCAAGAACCAAGAACGGCUGUGGAAUCCAGUGUCGUGAGUUACUGACAGCAGACAUUACAGCGAGUGUAAAUUGUGCAAAGAGAAUUGGUCGCGAUCCUAAUGGCAUGGGUGCAUGGGUGGCAUGGAAAAAGUACUGCAGAGGAUGAGCUGUCUCCCAGUGGAUCAGGGGCUGCAAGCUGUAAAGUGUUGGGGUUUAUCCCAGCUUGGUUCCCUUGCAAAUUAGCAGGGAUUCGCAUAGAGCAAAAUGUUCCCUCCACUUGCUUCCCUUUUACAAUUAAUCAUGUUCAAAAUAAAACAAACUCAAGAGAGAGGUUUAGGGCAACUGUCUGGUGAAAUGCAAAUAUUUUACUCCUUGAUGGUAAAUCUGUGGAUCUUUCCAUGUGACCACCUGCAGUAACCUAUUUUGUGUUCUACACAGUGUAAAAGAUCUGUUAUCAACUCUAUAUUAUAUAGACACAUCAAGAUAAGUCAAAUCUGCUUCUCCUGUGAGAUCCUGCUACUAUUUUGUUCUGAUAAUUAUAGUAAUAUGUCAUCUUGCUUGCGAGCUUAUAUUCAUUACAAUCAAUACAAUUACUUACUUUGCA